AUGUCAGAGACGCUAAUCGUGUACGUCCUAGGCCCAUCAGCCUCAGGGAAAACAAGCCUUUUACAGCAACUCUCUCGCAUGUGUGAGAGUAAGACGAUAAGGUCUCAUCCUGUGCAUUACCCUUCAACACAAGGACAAGAUCUCUACUCGAUUGUUGUACAUGCACCAAAGCAGAAAAGCAUUUCUUGUAGAGUUGAGCUACGUGAACUGGGAGGAGAAAUGGUCACAAUGUGGGAAAAAUUUCUUGAGUUACCGAUGAAAUCUACUCAAAUUGAAUGCAGAACAAAAUAUGCAUUGAUGUUUGUAGUUGAUGCCUUAACCCCUCAUUUACUUCCUCAGGCGUCUGUUGUUUUCAGUAAAUUAAAAAACUUCGAUGGGGUAUGUAAAGAAUGGCCUGCUAUAGUCAUGCUCAACAAAGUAGCUGCUAGGAAUGCAAUAACGGAAAGAGAAGUAGAGUUUUUCUUUUCAGGAGUUGGUUGCGAAAAGGUACAAAUUCUUUCGGUUGAUUCUUGGAAUGGUCUUGGACUUGGGGAUGUAUUGGAGUGGAUCAAGCAUGUAGCCUUCUCUUGUUAA